AUGAUGUUUGCUGACGAGGAAAUAAAAGAAAUACCUGAGUCAAUAUUUAUGAAGCCGGGCGAUGAGAUAAUAAGCAUUCGGGAAGUGUGUUUGAGUGACAAAUAUGACAAAAAGGAUUCAGGAUUUAAUGGCGAGCCGUUGCUAUCGAACUCGAGUCGAAAUGAACUCGAUGUUUCCCGUUCCCUAUUUCGCGAUGGGUUUUACAUCGAUAACUUGGAACAGCAACAUUCUCGCUUCGCGUGGACUGAAGAAGAUGGCAGCAUUGUGUCUCUCGUCUCUGAUCCAGGGUUUGGAACUACAGGACAGACUACAUUUGGCAAUGAAUUAGACGCUGCACUCAAAAGUGAAAUGAAGGAAGCAGACACUUCGAGCUCCGUAUUUCCAUCCACCAGCAGAAGCGGACUUACUUUUAACAGGAAAAUAUUUGCUGAUCAAGCUGCGGUAUCUUCCACGUCCACAGAAAAGCGCAGUAAUGGUCCCGCCCCAUGUAAAGUGGACAAAGCAGACCCUCGCUCCAGAUUCCACUACGUGAAGUACGUGAAGAGAAAUGGACGGGUAGUUAAGCUCUGGGAGUGUGGCAUAUGUAGCCGUGAAUUCCAGCAUCAAUACACUUUGAUGCGCCACCUUCCUACUCACACGGAUGAAAGGAAUUUCCACUGCAUGGCUUGCGGCAAAAGCUUCAGGCAACUGUCUACGUUAAGCCAACAUCGUGCUAUACAUUCUACUGAGAGGCCGUAUGGAUGUGAGCUGUGUAACAAAACGUUCAACCGCGUGUCCACUCUGAUCUCACAUCGCAAGACGCACAACUUCGAGAAACCUUACAAGUGCCAUCUCUGUCCCAAAGGAUUUCAUCAGAAAGGCAAUCUUCGAAAUCAUCUGUUCACACACACAAACGAACGACCCUAUCGCUGCAACAUUUGUUUAAAAGGUUUCAACCAACAAUCCAACCUGGUCUGCCACAAGAACAAGUGUGUUGGACAGGCACACCCUAACGACGCGAGCCCAAUAGCGACCAGGGGUAGGAAAACAACACGAACAGCUACCGAAACUCAACCAGAUUCAACCAGACCUCAAGUGGAGCAUUGCGAAGUAUCUUCAUCAGUUGGGCCAUACCUACCAUCGGUGGAAGGUCCACCCGCCAACUGGGCUCCAAAACCAGAGCCCUGGGAAGUGCCCAAGCAUUAUGAAUCUGGAGACAUCUGGAACGACGGGCCAUGGGUUUCUAUGAGCAGUGGGGUUAUCGUUGAUCCUAUCAAGACGUUCCAUAUGGGUGUGGCUUUGGCGAUGAGACAAACCCCUUUUGCUUUACUGAAGCCGGAUGUUGGAGCACCGGUUCUGGUGAAAGUAGUUGAUACGAAGCUGCCUGGUGGAAAACAGAUGCUGGUUCCAGUAACGGCUGAAGAUUUUAGAGCUGGAGGCAAAAUUGUCAUGAAGAAUGAUCCCGAAGAUUCAGCCUCGCCGGUAGGAACAGCAGAACCAAGUAUGGAGCCCAAUGGAGCAGUUCAGAUCAGAGUUCCGAUAGUUGCGACAGUAGUUCCCAGGAUCCAACCUGGAGGUAGACUGCACUUGACCGUUGAAGAACCACACCACGCUUAUCACACCGCGUUGUCAGCUGACGGUGAGGUGAAUGUAGAACCUUGUACUACAAGAGGGAUGGAGCCCCACCCUGGGACAUCAAAUUCUUUGCUGCGUCCAGAAUCCCAGCAGCUGGAUACUUGCAACACCUUCGGUGAUGGAUUGCGUUCUGGUCCAAGGAUAUCCUCGACGUGCACGCUGCCACCCCCGCCGCCCUCACCUCCCCUCGACCUCAUCUCGAUGGACCUGUUUGAACCCAUGGAUUGCAUGCCACUAGGUCCUCAAAUAACUGCGGUAGAGAACAUCAAUCAAGCACCGCCUUCUGAUGACUCUGAUAUAUUUAUCGGGGAAUUUGAGGAGAGUAUCCCCCUAUCCGAUUCAGACUGA